AUGCUGCGCGCGACGCAUCGACGUUGGUUUUCGAUUGCAGGUUCGGUCCAGAACCAUCGACGCCAUCUCAUUCUGCUCGAGCCGUCGCUUUCGGCCGAGGCGUGGCCCAAGAAGAUUGAGCAGACCGACCACAUCCUCGCGGCAUACAGUGCGAUCACUGACAAGGUCAACACCAAGGAGUGCGCCCAACUCGUCGUCUCCGUGGCCCACCCCGGCGCAACGAACGCGAAUGCGACGUCGGAUGCGAUGACGCACGACGCACUCGUCUUCCCCGACAACCUUCGCCUGCGCAAUAUUCGCGCGGAAGACGUGCCUUUUGUGGCUGAAUCGCUGCUCCAAGAGGAAAUUGACCUCGGCGCGCUCCAAGCGCGACUGACAGUGGCUCCUCUUCAAGGCAAGCACGUAUUUGUGUGUGCGCAUGCCAACCGCGACUUUCGUUGUGCAUGUGCGGGCCCCAAGCUCAUCGAGUGGAUCGAGAUCGACAUUCCAGAAUGGCAAGCUUACGCGACGAGCCACUAUGGCGGCCAUCGCUUCGCGGGCAACUGCAUCGUUCAUCCUGACGGGGAAUGGUACGGUCAUGUCAACAGCCGCGACGCCCUCGAGCAAGUACACCGCGGCAUCACCACCGACUCGCCCGUUGUGGCAGACCUCUGGCGCGGCCGCCUCGGACUCUCCAAGGCCGAUCAACUUGCCGUGUACGCCGCUGAGCACCCAUCGUCGCCAUCGUCAUCGUCGUCGUGAGCAUAACCAUUCCAGCACAAUUUUAGCCACGUCGCCGAGACCC